UACAAGCGCGAGGGCAGACCGAGCGUGCAUGUGAAACAGUUCUGAGGCAGCUGCUCGGGGUGAGCGAGGGAUGAAUCUUCCCCUGCCCGGCAGUAUUGAUUUUGUUCUCGAGGACACCAGCACCCGCCCUUGCCGCUGCAUGCUCGUUUCCUAGGAGUCGCCGCCCAGCACUGUAGCAAACUAUGGAUCUGAAUAUGGAAGAAAUGCUAUCAUCUGUGGGCGAGAGAGUGUUGAACGGGGGCAUGGAAGAGAACGAACAUACAGAGGAACCGGCGAUUUCAGUUGUGCCCCAAGUGGAAGAGCCUACUCGCGAGUCUGUGCUCACAACUGUUCUCUGCGAAGAAGGGAUGGAAGUAUUGGCCGACCUUAUCAGGUCGGGGCCCACUACAAAGGAUACUUUGGAAAAAUCGGCUACCUUAAACGAGGAUGGUGCGGACGCAAAAAGCGCCGCCGAGAGUCACACACUGUCUGUCAGCAACGAAUUCACGGAGGAGCAACUUUACAAUGAAUUGUUGUUCCAAACGAACCAUCCCUUGGGAAACGACAUCAGUGACGCGAAUCAAUCGCAAAUUUUUGAAUACCUCAAAAAUGCAUUUCACAUCGAAGACAAAAAGCACGAGGAGAAAAUGAAGGAAGCCAAAAUCAAAGAUAAACCAGACGUUAAGCUGAACCUUGAGAUAAUUGAAGCGAGGGAUCUCAAGUCGAGCGAGACAAGCGGAACGAGCUGCGUGUAUUACAUGAAGAACCAGCCUGAAAAUAAGUCGGAGAGCGGCGUGCAGUGCAACAAAAAAACUCCUGUUUGGAAUGAGAAAGGAUCAUUGCCGAUUGUGGACAAGGAAAACGAUUCUCUCAUAAUAGAAGUUUGGAAGUUUGCACAGGAACAAGAAUCAGUUUCACCGGCUAAUACUGCUAUGAAAGAAAAAAUAGAGACACUAAAAAACAAAGCAAAAGGCAUCAUGAAUGAAGUUCUUAACAGCAAAAACGAGGAGAAGAGGUGUUCUGGUGUCGCAGAAGUUCCCAUUAAAGACAUUCCAUCGGGCGCAAUGGAUGCGUGGAUUCCGCUAAAAAAGGAUCAGAAAAAGGUUAAAGGAGAGGUGCAUGUUUUGUUGUCUUUGGGCACCUCAAGGGAUGUCCAAGUCGGCUGCAAGGAGCACCGCAAACUGGUCAGAGUGAUGGUGAGACACGAGCUGGAAAAGAAGCCAAACGCAGUUUUCUAUUGGGAUGGAAAGCUCUGCGAGACGGCAGAGCAAAUUCUGGCUCAACACCGCGCCCACGCGAGUCUCAACGAACUGCAGGUCCUGCUGGCAAGAUGGGCAGGUUUUUGUGACCAGCUCGAAGAGACGCCCUACAACUUCCUUGUUCUCGAGGAACUUCUUCAAAAAUUUACCACACUCCAGGCAAAGGAAGAAAAAUUGCUUGAAAACCACGAGGCAAAAAUGUUUUGGGAGGCCAACAAAAACUUGCUGCCACCGUGCUUGAAGUUCAUUAGGUACUUGUUCAAGAUGAAAAAUAAUUUUGGAGACGCGAUGGACCAACAACUCGGCACAAUGUUGCGGAUACUCGCGAUCCUGAUAGAAAUAAAACCUCCCGAGGACAUCGACAUUUUCCCUUCCUCCAGGUACACAUGGUUAAAAACGCAUCAUGGUAUGAACAACAAAUUAAAAAGGAAAGUGCUGGAUGGAAUCGUGCAUAGUGCAAGAGAAUGGAUUGACGAAAAGUUUGCUCAAAUUGAGUACGUUCCUGGAGAGGAUGAUGAAAAUAAUAAGAAGAAAUGCUGGGCCUUGAUAAGCAAAUGUAAAGAUGUGGCGGCAACGAGGAGGAAAAUGAAUGCGAGCAACGUUCCUGAAAUGAAAAAGGAUCUUUUGAAUUCUAAAGCUUUAUUAGCUUGUUACAACAAAGAAAUCCCAGAGCUAAAAGCUUGCGUGCUGGCUUCAUCGUUCCACGACGAGAAAUUCAAGUGUUUAGACAUUCACUACUCCAAAGUGGUGCUCCAGGUGUUUGACAAUAAGGUGAAUGAAGCUGUACGGCCACUGGUCUUGAGCAUUUGCAACAACCUUAAGAAGUACGACCCAAAAGACAAAGAGCUCGAUCCUCAAGACAAAUCGACCGAUCUUGUUGGUCUUUACUUCAACCUCAAAGCUUUUAGCGAAUUUGAGGACUCGUACUUCCUUGGUGAUAAAGUGAAAUGCAGUGAUUUUCACAACUGGUUUGCUCGAGGUGUUUCUCAAUGGCUAGACAUAACGCUGCUAAAAGCAAUGAACAUGAUCAAGAAGGCUGUCGAGGUGGACGAGCUAGAGCCACUAGAAGAUGUGAAAUUCAGUAGCUCGGCUGUUGACGUUCUAGCGAUUUUCGUAAUGUUGGAAAAAGAUUUGCGAGCUCUGAAAUGGCCGGACGAGAAAGAUGAAUUUCCACUAAUGGCCAAACUCGUAAAGAGCAUCACUGCUUGCACAAAGCACUAUGCCGAUCAAAUCCGACAAAAGGUCGUAAAGGUCACUGACCUCCCGGGCGACUACGAGAUACAACUUUGCACUGCCAUUAACAACAUUGAGCACAUUUUGGUCGAAGGUCUGGAGCCACUGAUGAAAAAGCUCAACGUUGAAGCUCUCUUUGUCACCCUGACACAAAUUCGGUCGCAUAUUCCUGAAUGUCACAAGGGCUUGAAAGUAUUGAGCAGGGUGGUUGACGCGGCUGAAAAUGCCGACGAGAAAAUGAUGGAGAUUGUCAAAGUUGUCAGCGAAAAGAUCCUGAAGGUUGUGCGGGAGAAUCAGAGUCUUUCGCCGACCAGGUUCAUGAGCCCCAUUAGCCCGAUCAACAUUCAUCUCGGCGUUCUGAAACGCCAGCUCAGCAAGCACAACUACCACAGAGCAGUCACCUUUAUAUGGGAGAGCAUUGUGGAGCUCAUCAAGCAGAUCGUCGACACCACCCACAAGGAAGACAAACCACCAGGCUUCUAUAAGAACCUGAAAAAAUCACUAGAUUUCUUUGAGAGCGCAUUUAGCAGGGAGUCGCUUGCGUUCAAAAAUGGUGAACUACUGGAAGCAACAAAAACUAUCUUGGAAACACUUUCCAAAAACUCCAUCGACCCCAUUCACAAAUUUUAUCUUGAGCGAUUGGUUGCCCAAGGCAAAGUAGAUGACUAUGACAAGCAAGGACAAAUCAACGUAAUGCUCCAAUUCCAAGAGACGAGUCUCAAAUUCGAAAUCCUCAACGUCAGAAAUUUGAGGACAAGGAACCGCAACGGUGACUGCAACCCUUAUGUGCGAAUUGAACUGAUUCCGAAGCAAAAUUUCCCCGAGGCAAACUCGAAGCUGAAAACAAAAAUCCAGAAAAGGAGUUUGAAAAGUUGCGCGACGUUUAAUGAGACGUUUGAGAUUGAUAUGACAGAUGGAGCUGACACAAUAGACAACGCGCUUGUUCGUUUCGUUGUAAAGGAUUACAACCGCUUUGGCCACAACACCACGAUUGGCGAGGCUCUCAUCCGAUUUGAUAAAAUCAAUCGCGAUUACGCUAACAAAGCGUUUUCUGAUGUACCGCAAAUAGAACUGCACCUGAUCGAACAGGUCGAAGUUCCUCAAGAUAUAGUCAACAUUAAGAAGAGCAAAACGUGCGACACAAUGACGGAUGUUGACACCCAGGCCACAAAUGAGUCGACGGGCACUAUCAACUGAAGAGAACAAUCGCGACCAAUCAAAUUUUUUUGCUCACUGCUCGGAGUGCUCAUAGAGCAGUUCGACAAUUUUGCUGCACAAAGCCUGUCGUGCAAGCAAUUCUUUUCUAUGUUAAUUCCACAGCAAGCAGUUCAAAUGCAGUUCAGGACAAUUUUUACAGAAAUUUAUAUACUCUUAUACAUUAAAAAAGUAGACAUCAUUUAAUAUUAAUUACUCUAGCAUAUAUAUAUGAAAAUUCAAAAAUUUCUUAUUGGCUCAAACGAAAAUUAAGAAAGCUACCAGAUGUUUGUUGCCUAUAAUAAGUAGAUAGACAAAAAUUGAAAUAUUGUGUUCUGAAUACCAAGCCAUCAAAAACGUUAGAAGGCCUUGGAUGAUUUUGGAGUGUAUUAGGAAAAAAAAAUUCGAAGGAUGUGAGACAAAAUUUUCUAAAAAAUCUCAAGAUCUUAUAAUUCUGUGGCAAAAAAAAUUGAAAAUUCCUUUUGCUCACGUAUUAAGAAUAUUCUAUAGAGUUGAAACAUAUGCAUUUAUUAAACACACGAACUGAAUUUCCAACCUGAACAUUAAGAAUCUUAAAGAAAUCUCUCUGAUUGUUUACAAUUUAAAAUUCUAUAGGCAUAUGUAAUAUUAUUAUAAUAUAUGCAGUUGUAUUUCAAUUUUCAUUGAUUAAAAGGUGCCAUUAAAAACAAAAUUAGAUUAUUGUAUUGGUUAUUAUUAGGUCAUAUUGUUAAAGCAAUUUAUUAAAAAAAUCAUUCAGCGUGUGUGAGACUUACAAAGAUUGUAUAAUGUUUUGAGUUUGUAUGUACACAUUCUAUAAAAUGAAAUUUGUAAACAGCAAAGCCAAAUCCAUUCAAACAGCAAACAGUUAGUUUUUCCAAUGUAGAAAUAUUGCAAAUAUUGUGUAUGAAAUGCAAACAAAUGCAACUGUAAAUAAUAUAAUUUUCCCGAUAAAGCUUGUUUAGUCAGGGGUUAUUAUAUCUGUGUUGCACAUUUAUUACGUCAUGUCAUCCUAUAGUAUAACAUGCUAACCAUAGGGAAGUAACGAAAAACUGCCUUAGUUGCCAGUGUCAAGAAAUUUAUUAAUACUAAUGAAAUUUUAUGUGUACGUCUGGUAAUCUGAAAGGAGUUGAAUUACAACCACAUUAUAAACUGAUUGAAGUCUUCAAGAGAAGAAAUAAAGUAAAAUUCAA